CCAGUACACCAUCAACCACCAACCACACCUUCCCGGGAUUGCCUUGCCGCCCGUCAAUCGCGCCCUUUCGACGAGGGAAGGACGCGACGUCUGUCUGGACCGCUGCAUCCAAGCACCGCAAGCUAUAUAGAGCCGGCUUAUCAGCUUCGUUACACCCCGCCUGUUGCGAAACGUCAGUAGGGUGGAGAGAUCGUAAAGAUACGAGAGAAGAUAAGAACCUAAAAGAAAUGGAAAUAUCAGGGCGAGUUGCCCUAAUAACGGGAGCCGCAGAGGGCAUUGGUAAAGCAUUUGCCAUCGAACUGUUGAAUCGUGGUGCCAAGGUGACCAUAUGUGAUAUGAACGUCGAAGAAGGACAAAAACUGCAGAAAAAAUUAGCCGCAGAACACGGCAAAGAUCGCGUAAUUUUCUUGCCAUGCGACGUCACAGAUUAUCCGCAACUCGAAGGUGCGUUUCGGACAGCGGCCACGGAAUUCGGCCGUAAUGUUGAUAUCGUUAUCAACAACGCUGGUAUCAUGAAUGACCGGUUUUGGGAGCUUCAAGUAGACGUUAAUCUCAACGGGGUAAUACGCGGUACUAUGCUUGCUCAACGAUUACUGGGCAUCGAUAGGGGUGGCCAGGGUGGAGUCGUUGUUAAUAUUGGCAGCAUCGCCAGCAUUAACCCUUACGUCAGCGUACCAAUUUAUUCCGCGACGAAAGCGGCUAUUGUCAGCUUCACUAGAGCUUAUGGGGAUAAAUAUCAUGUUGACUUGACGGGCAUUAAGGUGAUGGCACUCUGUCCGGGUCUCACGAACACCAAGAUGAUAUGUGACGUCAAUAAAAAGUUUUCUUUGAGUCGAUUCGAGGAAGCCUGGAAAAAAGAUACGAAGUCCUCGGUUCCUCAAAGGCCGGAGGACGUGGCGAAGGCAUUGGUGCACGUGAUUACUAAGGGCAAUAGCGGAAGCGUGUGGACGGUGGAGAAGGGCGAGCCGCCGUACGAGAUCAGCUUUUUUGACGUUUGCAUUGUCUCUCGGAAAGUAUAUACCGAACGCAAGAUAAUUAUAAUGGAGAUCAAAGGGAAAACCGUGCUCGUCACCGGCGGAGCCAACGGUAUCGGCUAUUGCACCGCUCGUGAAUUACUUCGAAGUGGAGCGAAGGCCGUUGCAAUCAUAGAUCUACCCGAUUCGAACGGUGAAAAUGCUGCUACGGAAUUGAAGAAGGAAUUGGGCGCGAAUCGUGCCAUUUUCCUCGUUGGAAAUGUGGCCAAUUCCGAGGAACUAACGGCUUGCUUCGAAAAGGCAAUAGAGUCAUUUGGCACACUGGAUAUCGUUAUCAACAACGCUGGCGUUAUGAACGAUGCGAAAUGGGAGCCCAUGGUUGAUGUUAAUUACAAAGGGGUUGUACGCGGCACGAUAUUGGGCCUGAAACAUAUGGGAAAGCACAAAGGCGGAAAAGGUGGUACUAUCGUCAACAUGUCCUCUGUAGUCGGCUUGCAGAGCAAUCCGCUCGCGCCGAUUUACGCCGGAACGCAUUUCGCCAUCGUCGGAUUCACCUCAUCGUUAACAACUUUCUACGAGAAAACGGGCGUACGUGUACUGACGAUGUGUCCCGGUCUUACGACCACUGGCAUGGCCUCCAAGUACAUGUCAAGUAAAAUCUACGCGAUGGAUCUCCUCGAUGACGAGUUCGCUGCCAAGGAGAUGACGAGUCAAUCGCUAGAGAGUCAAUCGCCCGAACACGUGGCAACCGCUGUUGUGGAAUUGAUCGAAAAAGGAGGAAACGGCGCGAUCUUCGUCAGCGAAAACAAUCAACCUGCUUACGCCGUGCAAUUACCGUUCUACGCCGAUUUGAAGAUUUCGGUGUAAAGCCUGCGCUUUGUGACAAAAUAUCCUUGUUACACGGCGUCUUGACACUUCCAUGAUUCUUAAAAAAAAAAAUGUAAUUUGAACAAAAAUUUCAAAAAUAGAUUUUGUGAUUGUCCAGCGUGACAUAAAAUUCUCGACCAUCAAAUACACUUACAAUUUGUUUAGAUUUCAAAUUUAUUUAUUAGAUUUAUUUUCAACGUAAUGGAAAAAUAAAUCUAAAUUUCUAAUUGUGAACAAUCGAAAAACAAAGUCGUUGAAUUAUUUGUUUCAAUAAACAUAAUGCAUUUGUAUUGCAAAAACCGUGGAAUUGUCAAACGAUCUUACUUGCUUUUCCGAAAAGUUUGAUAUUAAUUCUUAGCGCUUGCACUUUCUCGAGGCUCGAAUUAGCCAUAGAUAAGUAAUAUUUAAUAAUAAAAAGAUUCGUAAUUAAGCUAAUUAAAUAUUGAUUUUUCUAAUAAUGGCAAAGUACACCAGCUAAUAAUAUAUUCAGUAUAUUCACUGUUAUUUCAUGAAAAUAGAAUAGCGAUAAUAACGACACUUUUAGAUUCUAAUUUCUUUUCCUUUUUAACAAAAAUAAUGAGGCGUAGAAUGCUAAAAUAAAAUGCGAUGUAUACAGCGUGAGAUUUUCGUUAUUUAUCAUUGAAAGCGAAAAAUCUGAUCAAGCUCGGAGCUUAUGGCAUGUAUAAAUAAAAUUCGAGAUAAAGAGCGCAUAAAUCUCUACAAGAAUAAUUUAUUACAAUAUAUACAAAAAAAAACGAUAGAAAUGUUGGGAAUUGCUUGUUGGAAAUCAGAAUUUUCAAGAGUUGUAAUGAAUACUAAUACGAUGCCCAUAUUAUCGCAAACAGCUUUUCGAUAAAUAUCACAUUAUUUGUUCCACUGUCUUACUUUAUCGUUAAAAUUAUUUUUAAAAAUGCAAAUAUGAUAAAUAUAUAUUAAUAUACAUAUGUAUAUAUAUAUAUAUAUUAAAAAUUAUUUGAAUACAUAUAAAGGAAUAAGAAUAUUUUAAUUUUAUUGAAGAGAUACUAGAUUCAGAAUGAACCGAAACGUUCGGAACUUUUACAGCGGAUCUUUUUUUUUAUAAUAAAAGCAUGUUCGUGUAUUUACAUAUAUAUAUAUUUGUCAUAUUUGCGUUUUCGUUCUUGUUCUAAUAAACGUAAGUAUAUGCAAUUGAAA